AUGAAGGUUUUCCUCCUCACCAUUGCUGCAGUGCAGAUUGUCCACUGCUCAGGAAAACCAAGCCCGAAAGAUGCUCUGAGAGCGUCUGUUCUAAAACUGAACCGAAUCACUGAGACCAGCAAUCUGUGCGGGAUAACCAGGAGAAGAGUGAAGGAUAUUUACCGCACAGGAAAAUUGUCAUACAACGUGGAUUUAACCUUCUCCGUGAAAGAAACAGUCUGCUCCAAGAAUUCUGGACUGGAAUUUGAUGACCCCAGCUGCCGCUUCCAUCCCAAAAAGGCCGCAGCAAGAGGAUUUUGCAAGAGCCACGUUGAAUAUUUUGCUGAUGAAGUUGUUGACGUUGAUGUGGAGUGUCGAGGAUUGAAGACAUUUGACAGCAGAAGUGGAUCUUUCGAGUCCAGUGAAAACAGCAUCGAGGUGAAAAUGAGAAGAACUCCACGUCCAAGAGUCUACAAACGUGUCAAACAAAUCAAAAGACUGGUCACUGCGGGAGGCUUCAAACGUGAGUAUAAACUGGGACUUAGUGCCAAGAAUAGUCUCUCGGUCAUGAUCAUCAAUAACAAUAAAAUAUUGAACUAA